CCCACCUGUGCCUAGCAUGCCAGCUCAUCAGUGCCGCCUAUCAAUACCACCUAUCAGUGCCUCCUAUCAGUGCCCAUUAGUGCUGCCUAUCCAUGCCACCUCAUCAGUGCCCAUCAGUGCUGCCUAUCAGUGCAGCCUCAUCACUGCCAAUCAGUGCCCGUCAGUGCUGCCAAUCUGUGCCCAGCAGUGCUGCCAGUCAGUGCCAAUUUGUACUGCCAGUCAGUGACACCUACCAAUGCCACCUAUCAGUGCCUUUCAGUGCUCCCUAUUAGUGCCCAUCAGUGCAGCUUAUUAGUACGCAUAA